AUGAAAACAGUGAUUUUUCUCCUUUUUGCUGCUGUCGCAUUGAGAGCCACAGCGGCCCCAGCAGAGGAGGCUCCGAUGCAGAAGCCUGAACCAGUGGUUCAAGAGGACAUGGUUCCAGAGGUGAUGGAAGUCAACCAGAAGCCUGAACCAGAAGUUUCAGAGGACCUGGUUCCACUGGGCGCUGAAGUUCACUCUCAGUAUUGUUUGCCUGGAUGGGAUUUUUACCGCGGCAGCUGCUACUUAGUCAACAGGAACUCACACACCUGGAGGAGUGCAGUGAGUUAUUGUGCAAACUUUGGGGCAACUCUGGCCUCUGUGCACAGCCCUCUGGAGUACAACCACUUCCAGUACAUGAUCGGCAGAGCGGGCCUCUCCACCGCCUGGAUCGGAGGAUACCACUUUGAAUACAUCUGGAGGUGGCACGACGGCUCUCUCUUCGACUAUCAGAACUUCAUGAGCGGAGGAUCCAGUUCUACUAACAAGUGUCUGAGGAUGAACACACUCGCGGGACAAGGAUGGUACAGCUCUCACUGCAACAACGCCAUCCCCUCCAUCUGUCAGAUCAAAGUCCACUGCUGA